AUGGAUUUUGCAAGCCUUAUAAAUAAGGAGAUCAAGAAAAAGAAACAAUCUCAUAAAGUCAAAUUAAAGAAGUCAAAAGUAAUCAAAACACCAGACUUGGCUGAAGACCCUGAAGUAGGAAAUACUAAAAAUGAAAUUGAUGUGAAAACUCAGGAAGAACAAUUUGUCAAAAAAGAUGAUAAUGAAUUGAACAAAGUCGAAAAGAACGAAUCUCAAACACCAGAACUCACAGAAGAUCAGAUUAAUGAGAGAUUAAAUGCUUUAAAUGCAUUAGAUGAAUCCUUAUCGAAGGAGGAGAAAUUGAAAAGGCUACAAUAUUUGAUACAACUAGACAUUCGAAACAAAAAAUACAAGGUUUGGCUUGACAAAGAAGAGGAGUACUAUCAAGAUCCAGAGAAACAAGAAAUCACUCUUAAAGCAAUUGUAAAUGCAGAAUUAAAUAAGUCAAUUUUGAGAAUUCAAAUCAGAAUUUCAAUCAAACAAAUUUUUCAUGAUUGGGAGCAGCAAGCAAUUACAGAUGAAGACAAAUCGUUGCUAAAAGAAACAAAAAAGGGUAUACUAAAACUAUUGUAUAAACUAAGAACCGAUAAAUUAUCAACAGAAAUGUUAAUCUCACUAUCAACUAUUUUUUACCACAUACAAACGAAUGAAUUUAACAAGGCCAAUGAAAGUUAUAUGAAACUAAGUAUUGGUAAUGUAUGCUGGCCAAUUGGGGUUGUUAAUGUUGGUAUUCAUGCAAGAAGUUCAAGUUCAAGAAUUACAGGUAGUAAAAGUGUAAGUAAUAUAAUGAUUAAUGAUUCCACUAGACGUUGGAUUAUUUCAGUAAAAAGAUUGAUUAAUUACAAGGAGAAGAAGUUCAAGGAGUUAAAGGGGUAUAAAGGCUAA